AUACACAUCUGGAGUACAGGAACUUCUUGUUAUUUGUGAGCUGUGUGUUCUGUACAAUCGUGCUAAGAUCAAUUAUGAAAUCUUAUACCUGACACCGUGACUAGGUCACAACCUAUAUUUUGGUAUCGAAUGAGUAUGAGUUGUACAAAUUUGCAUAAACACAAUCGAUUGAAAGACUUCAGUGCAUCAUAACUAGUGUGUCAGAUCUGCCUUUAGAUCGAACGUCUUUUUGUAAACGAAACAUUUACUGCUUGAUCCAAAACUUCGUGGUACACGAUCCACAUUAUCAGAUACACAAUUUACACAUAUUGCACACUAUAAGAAAGAAGAAAGCCAUAGAUAUAAUUAUGUGCAUUCUGUCAUUGGGAUAUCACUUUCUUGUUCUUUUGUUCCAUUAGGACUCUUGUGGGAGAACUAACUAUCUUCUGGAUUUUUAAUCUUUAGUCAUUUAGCUUUAAAAGAAGGAUACCAGAGAAGCUUAAGUCAAUAGUUGAUUUGCAUCUUCAACGAAUCAACCAUCUCUUCUUAUUGCACAACAUCGAAAACAAUAAGUUUACUUUCAAGCUCUUCAAAUUCUGCACAGUGCUAUAACUAUUAUUGCAAAUUACUAUGAUGGAGGGCAUUGACGAUAGCAGCAUUCAGCUUUUCAAAAACUCGGAAAUUGAGAAACAUACAGAAUUGCAGCCAAUGGCCGAUAAUGGCCUCUUGAGAUCAGAAAACCUGAAGUUUCAUAGUGACAGUGGUAGCGAGCAGUCAUCCGACUACUCAGAAGGAGCAUCCUCUUGUGGUGAGGAUGAUGAGCUUGAAGAGGAAAAUCACGAUGCAAAACAGCCACUGAUUAGUACUGAUGAGAAGACAGCAGAAAAAGCAGAGAACACCAGCGUCUCCUAUGAAGAUGACAGCUUUAGCAAAGAAACUGAAACCUCAUCAGCAGAAAGAGGGCGUCCUUCAGCUUGUGUGUUUGUGGCCAGUUUAUCAUCCAACUUGUCAGAUGACAUCCUUUGCCAGUCAGUUAGCAACCAUUUUAAGCAAUGGGGUACCAUAUCGUUAGUGAAAGUGUUGAGAGAUCCUGCUAACAGACCAUAUGCUUUUGUGCAAUAUACCAAGGAAGAGGACGCGAAACGGGCAAUUGUAGAAGGCCAGCAUUCUCUAUUAAAUGGGAGGACUAUAAGAUGUGAAAAGGCUCGUGUCAACCGUACUCUUUACAUCGAGACCACAAAUAAGGCGCUGCCAGAAUCUUCAAUCAGGUCCUUUUUAGAAAAGUACGGAGAGAUUGAAAAACUGGUCUCUGUGGACGAGAAAUCAAAUCUCGUUGAUCUACAUACUGGAUCGCACUCUUACUGGUUUUGCAAAUUUGUAUACCGUCAGGAUGCGAUUAGUGCCUACGCAAACCUGAAAGUUAAACCAUUUUGGAAUGUUGAAUGGGCACAAAAUCUUGAAGACGAUUCAAGUGACACUCCUGAAGUGACAAUUGACAAAUAUUCGAUUUUUGUUGGACAGCUCGAUCCACGAAUUAACAGAGAUGAGUUGAUCGAAAGGUUUGAACAACAUGGCAAAAUCAAAGAGGCGAUUUUGGUGAAUAGGCCAUUGAAUAACUUUGCCUUUGUUAAAUUUGAAACUAGGAAAGCUGCUGCAUCCGCAGUUGAGAGAGAAAACCAUUCGAUGUUCAAGUUUAAGACGAUUCAUGUACAAUACCGCGAGAUGUACAACAAUUACAAAAACAAAUAUUCAAAUGAAAGCGGACCAAAAUUGAAUUUGGCUCCUCCACCUGUGAGUUUCAGGAGAAGACAUGCUUACAAUUCGAACAGCAGCAGCAACAACAACAACAGUGGUAGUCAUAACUUCUCUGGAAGUAAGUCUAAAAAGGCUCCCAAUUUUUACCGUCCGCGAUUUGGUAGUCUCAGUGGUUUUCCCGAACAAGAAAUGCAACCAUUUUCCUCGUUCAAGAGGAAUAGUAUCUCUAACCCUCCGCCACUAAGGAGAUUCUCAUUUGGAGAUCACAUUUCGCCGGCAGGUUCAUCAGGAAAGGUUUACAAGACUAAUCUCGACUUUGUUGGUACUGGCGCAGGUAGCAAGAAUGCCAACGAUGCCACUAAGAACACCAAAGCAUCUGGCACUCAAGCAGAAGAUCCAGAUGCCAUCCUUAGCGAUGAGGAAAGGCUAUCAAACAACGGGAUGACAAGAAUUGAGGAGAAUGACGAUGCUACUGUGGGCCGCAAUACCCAUACAGCAUAUUCAUCAACUACCAACGGAGCUUCCAAAACAACUUAUUCGUACACAUCCGUCGAUGUGGACGAGUAUUCCCCCAAAUUCCCUCCUGUGCAUCCAAUGGCUGAUUCCAAAAUGAUUUCCAAGAUGGGAAGUGCUGGGGGACCUAACUAUUAUCAAUCGCCAGCUCCCUAUUACUACCUUGUACCAACGAAGGAUAUUGGUGGCUACAUGGGCAAUACAGUGUCAUCAGGGGUCCACAAUCCGGCAAUGAUGGGAGUUCCUGGAAGCGGUGCUGGAGUGCAGGCAGUAGGGGGACCUCCAACGACAGGGUAUUACUACACCUAUGCGCCAUAUGAUCCCAAUGUCAGUCCUUCUCUUUAUCCAUGCUACAUGUAUUAUAAUCCAAAUCCGGCACCUGGCACGCCGACAGAACAAAGCCAGGGAUAUCUUUCAGAAUCAUACGAGCAGAAGUUUUAGCCGUUUAGUAUGAGAACCUGAGGUUUAAUGAUUGCUAUAAUUUGUGUCAUGUCCAGUGGUUGCUAUGACCAGCUCCAAUUUUCCUUGCACUUUGUUG